UUCAGCUUCUUAAAUUUUCAAAGACAAUCGGCAUAUGCCUCAAAACUUCGAACAUCACCAUGUCCGGCUUUCCUUCACUUCAGCCUGCUUUCACUGUUCGUCUUCAAGCAACAGUACCAUAUGAUGUCGGAAAUGUCGCAACUGGCGGUGGACUCCAAAUUACGCCAAUCGUUACCGGUUCGAUUAAGAGCGAGCCCGGUUUCGAACCAGCUAUAGACGGCGAAGUUGUCUACGGGUCAGACUAUGUUCGCCCUGAACCAGGACAAACGCACGCACGCAUCAACGUGAAUGCUGCGAUCAAGAACGUAGAUGGAGCACUCCUCUCGUACUCUUACACCGGAGUUGUUGGCUUUACCGAGCAGUUCAUAAAGAUUCUGCUCCACAGCCCAGAUGCGACAACAACGGACUAUGGAGACGCAUUCUCUCAAAUCAAAAUUGAGACCGGAGCAGAGCACCUCAAGGCUCUUGAGCACAGCCUGUUUGUGGGGUCAGCACACUUCGUCAUUGAAGAGGGCAAACCCAUGAUUAUCGAAACCAAGGUUAGCAAGAUUGUAGGAUGAGAGAUUUAGAAGCAACAUCUAGUCCAGAAGUGGUCACUAUCGUCAGUUAUUUUCCAGAAUAUACUCAGCGCUUUGGGCUCUGCUUGAAUUCUCAAUGUCUCUCCGCGAG